AUGAUUGCAGAAGUUAAAGGGGUUCCUUCCUAUCUUUAUGAACCGAUUUUCCUCUCCUUACACCAAAUGAAUGCUCUCAGCAAGUCAUCUCAAUAUGCAAACGAAGCGGCUCCAAGUCACAAGAACCUCCUUGCCACUUGUCCAACGGUUGCGGAGGCGAGGCUUCAAGUUACCAACGCUUCGCGUUCAAAACUAUCAAAAACCUUAGGCACACCAGAAGAUGAUAUAUUGAGUUGA